UGUCUGAGCUUGCAGUACCUCCUCCCUUCGGCGUCUCCCGGGGUUGAGCCUCGGCGGCAGCCCGCCCCUCAUCUUCAGGCGGAGGCUUCAGCAAAAUCCAGUCGUGAGCUCUGCUUCAGGAAGAGGGUCCUUGCAGCCGCACCUUUCCGCUUGACGGCCCACGGUCCCUAUGCGCUGUUCCGACCUAGGCCUGUGACCAAUUCUGCCUAGUAGGAUGAACUGGACUGCUGCCACGUGCUGGGCUCUGCUGCUGGCCGCCGCCUUCCUCUGUGACAGCUGUUCGGCCAAGGGUGGCCGCGGAGGCGCUCGAGGCAGCGCCCGCGGGGUACGCGGAGGCGCGCGCGGGGCAUCAAGAGUGCGCGUGCGGCCAGCACCCCGCUACGGCUCCUCUCUGCGAGUGGCGGCUGCAGGGGCAGCCGCAGGGGCUGCGGCGGGUGUGGCUGCGGGCCUUGCCACCGGCUCUGGCUGGAGGAGGACCUCGGGGCCUGGAGAGCUAGGCCUGGAGGACGAUGAAAACGGGGCAACUGGAGGCAACGGAACUGACCGAGGAGUCUACAGCUACUGGGCUUGGACUUCGGGCUCCGGGUCCACACCCGGCCCACGUAUCAGCUUACUUCUGGGCGGCACUCUUGGUGCCUUAGAACUACUUUGGCCCUAGAUCAGGCUGAACUCCGACCCAGAUCCCAGUGGUCUCCAGCUCAGAAAGUCACUUCCUUUUGCUGACUGGUUCCCCAAUCCAGAUGACAGCAAGCUCUCUCGCAAUUUGUGGACAUGUCUACUCUCUUGCCCAUCCCAGUCUCCCAAGCUUCCACCCUGGCAGGAACAGCUCCACUGCCAGGAAGGCAGGCUGCCCUCCACUCUCCAGAGCUGCCCAAGAGGAAGUACUGGGCCAUGCCUGCUUGCCCUGGACACAAAAAAUGAAUAACCACCAAAAAGAUGCCAUCCUCAGGUGGGCCUGUCUGAUCUGCCACUAAAGCCCAAAAGCCCUUGGGCCUCCCAUGAAAGCAGAAGGAAUGGACCACUUCCCUCUGGACUUCACAAUUUGGUGAAGAGAACAUUCACUUGGACUGCAGUGUGAGAAAUGUCAGGUGCUAACCACCUGCCCAGAGCAGGUCCUAAUGAUGCCACAGCUCAGGAACAUCCAGAGCAAAAAAUAUCUGUCUCAGGACACCCACUGUGGUCCUAGGACAUGCUACCAAGGCCACCAUAGUGUUUCUUCAUUGAGGACUGCCUAAGAGACCUGUCAGAAGGGUUCCCCCCUUGGAGUCACUUGGUCAUAGGACUACUUAACUGCUCUAAGAUCCACUGAGGGUAGGGGUUCCACAUUUGGAAACAUUCCAUUUCCUUUGAACUUUAGGUUCACAAGUGAGAGUCACUUGGAUACAAUACCAAUCCUGCUGCAGCCCUCUUUGUACAUGAUCCAAACUACAAGAUUCCCACAAUGCUGGUAGAUAACAGCAUCUUGGGUUAGGAGAUCCCCUCCCUUGGAAACAGAUGGUCCAGGAAGGUAAGAGGGUAUGGCACAAUUGGCAACUGGAAGCCUGCACGCUGGAGAAGGCAACAGUUCUUCAGGCCCACUGCUGCCUGAGGAAAGCAAACAGACACAGCAAAGCCAGCCUCAGCGGGUCGUGAGUGUGGGCUGACACUACUAGAAGUUUUCUGACCAUCUAUAUCCAUCCUGGAACAGAGCUGAUGGCCAGGGUGGCCUUAAAGAGAUGCACUGCAGUCCUCACGUGGAUCUACCUUUGGGCAGACUGGCUCCUUGCUGCUCCAGGGUCCACCAGCACAUCCUUGCCCCAUGGAGUGAUAGGUCUCUGGGCUCAGUCAGGAUACGCAAUGCUAGCCUGGCAAACCUCUUGUUAAGUGUACAGGUUUCAAGGCUAUUGGCAGGACUCCAGCCAAACAUUUUCUUGACCAACAAGUUGCAGGAUGCAGCUCCCUGCACCCUCUAUCCACACUGCCGGUGCUCUUAGGCACAGCCAGCCGGAUGCUUCUCUGUCCCUUACAGACAAAGCUCAAUACCAAGACCAGCAAGCUAAGGGCCAAGUCCACUCAGGGCCUCAAAGGCAAGUACCAUCAAGUCUGGUAUAGGGAGACCCACUAGAGCCCAUUCAGCUUGUCAAACACCUAUGAGGAUGGGUUAUGUGGACCAGAGCUUCACCUACCAGAGUACCAUGUGUUAGUUCUGGACAUAAUGGAAACAUCACCUUUUAAUUAUCAUUUCACACACCAAUCUGACUUCUCCAGAGCAUUUAGCACUUGGCACAGCCACAUCUCCGAAUACCUUCUCCACAGCAGGAACCAUAAGAUGCUGAGGAGUCUCAGAGGCGGCUUAUACUGCAGUCACAACAAGAGGCAACAGUGAAAGACUAGCCCCUGUUAUCAGCCAUCCACAAGAAGCAGAGAGCCCACUGAGCAUCCAAGCACUGGUUCAGGCAACUAUGGGAAGGCCAUGUCAAUACUGGACAGAAGAAACUAGAACUUCUGAGCAGGUGCAGCCCAGCUGGUCCAAUAGUACCUCCUGUCUGUACCAACCAGUCCCCUUCCCUUUUUCUUUCUAGACAGCAAGCUGCUGGCAGCAACGCCCUUUAGAUGCCUACAGGCAUAUGGAGGUCAACCAUGCUGGGGUACCCUCUGCACCACAUCCUGCAGGCACCAUGGUUCCAAUGGCUAGAUGGUGGUCCCCUUCCAGUGCUUCUCUGGCCUGUGGGAAGUUGAGCCUACACCCGAUGGACAGGCUCUGAAGUACAAGGGGAGAGGACAUUCCUGGGCUUUUCUAUUCCAAACCUCUCGUUGAUGUCUGUGCACACAUGUAUCAGUAAAGAAUUCAUUGUGAAACAAA